UGACAAGUGCCAAACUUCACCGUACAUGCUUUCUCAGGACACUUUGUGGUGAGCAGAGAAUGUAGACGGGCUCUUUGGUGAGCAAACUACUUUAAUAACUGCCCCCUCUGAAGAUAAAAAUCUGUAACCUGUAUGGAAUUGUUUAGAGCACAUCAGCAAAGUGGUGUUGGAGCUGCAUUUCUUUUACUGUCUAUGGCUGCAUUUAGACUAGCUAAUGUUAGCUGCUAGCUACUUAAGGUUGUGUAUGUGGAGUAAUGGACGUUACGUUACAGUUGGCCGUGGACCGCAAAAAUAAAUAAGCUAUCUGAAUGUUAAGUUAUCUUGUCAAGUACAUGCAUUUAUGUAGCUUUGUGUGAGUAAUAAGUUGCCCUGUCCCUCUCUGCCCUGUCAGUUUGUGAACUCGCUAAAGCUAUUGUGCUGUAGCUACAGUUACCUACCUGAAAGUAGCCUAAAUGUUCAGGCAGGUCAUGGGCCCUCUGCUGAUAGCCAACCCAAUGGUUUGCUUGCAGCAUUUUAUCCCAGUUCUCACAAGAAACAUAUUAAAUGUCUCGUACAAGAACGUGCCGGCGUGUUUUAAACUGGGAGGCAUGAGUACAUUUUGUACGAAAAGAAUAAACAAAAAAGGAGUUCCUAUAAGAAAAGAUUUCAAAUCAAAUGAGUUUGUCAUCAAGGAGAAUCCUGCUUUUCCCAAGUCGGUUUUUGCAGCUGGAAAUGCUAGGCGGACUAGUGCACUACUGAAAAGGAGAGCUGAUAUAUCAGACUUAGGAGAGCAAUCAGACUACAGGAAUAGAGACAGGAAAAGAGAUUACCCGAUACCAGACCGCCCUCUCACAGUUUCAGAGUGGAAGAGAUUGAAAGAAGACAGCAAAAACCCCCGUAGUUUUGAGACUCAAAUUAUGGGGGCAUUCCUGAAGUCCAGUGCAGAGGUGGACACUGCUAAAUCUCUCCUGGCGUAUGUUGCCAUUGACACUGGCACGGUGUCAUAUGAAUUACUGUUGCUGUACCUCGCUUUCUGCGUCCAUGGUGGACACUGGGCUGAAAUGUUCGACGUGUACGACAUCAUGAAGAGUCGGUUUCGGACGCUGGAUACGGGUGCUUACAGUUUAUUGAUUAAAGGCUUUAGCAAGACAGGACGCUGGGAAGAGGCGUUGGUUUUUCUUGAGAACAUCAAGGGCAUCAAGGCCUCUCCUCGGAAUUACUCAGAUAUCAUAGCCGGUGCAGUACAACAUGGCAAUAUGGCCACUGCUUGGACGCUGUAUAACCAACUCUUGGAGAGGGGCAUUACUCCUAAUCAGGAUACCUGGAAAUAUCUGUUUGAGGGGGGUAUUUCUGACCAUGAAAACGAUGAUAAGCUGUUGUCAAUAUUAGAGCAUAUGAGAGACAGCCAAAUAUAUCCAGAGGAGAGUCUGGCGCACAACAUUUGGAAGUGGUUUGAAUGUCGCCCUGACCAGAAGUGGACUGGCAGUAUCUCCACUGUGAACCCAAGCGGAGUGUGUGAGAGCUGUCAGUCUAUGCUGGAGUCCAUACACCUGACUAAGGAAGACUAUGCUGAUCUGAAGGACAGUAUCAUGAAGAACGUGAUUGAGGGCAAAGACGUAUUCAACAAGACCACCCCUGAGGAGCUGGAGAGUUUCAAGCACUUCGUCAGUCAGCAGCCACCGUUUGAUGUGGUGAUCGACGGACUCAACGUGGCCUACAGCCAGGGUAAAGGGAACCAGUCUAACACGCUGUUGGCUGUGGUCUCCAAGUUACAUCAGCAAGGUCUCUCCAUCCUGGUCCUGGGCAGGAAGCAUAUGUUGAAGGAUUAUAAAAGCUACCACAUGAGGAAAAUCCAGCAAAAAGCGCACUGCUUCUUCACCGAGGAUAUAUCUGAAGAUGACCCAUUCCUCCUCUAUGCUGCAUUGCACUCUGGUAGCCACUGUACAUUUGUGAGCCGCGAUCUCAUGCGGGACCACAAGGCCUGCCUGUCCAGUGGGCGAACCAGGCGCCUCUUCUUCAAGUGGCAGCGCGGGCACCAAUUGGUCCUCCGCGCCUUUCUUCCUGGCGAGAAGGUCUACUUUCAGGAAAUACAGAGUUAUGACACCAUUGCUCAGACCAGUGGAGACAGCUGGCAUAUACCCUUUGACCAAGAGGGUACAGAGAGAAGUACAUAUGAAGUUCCCCAGAAGUGGCUGUGCCUUACCAGAUCAAACUGACAAAUACACUGUAAUUAAUGGCCUGUGUUGCUUCCUUAUGUAUUGCUACAAUAAAGUUGAGUUGUUUUCCA